AUGCUAGCAGAAGACGUCAGUGGAACCAGUUACUUGGAGAAGGUGAGGUUCCGUUUCUGCGGUGACUUGGAUUGCCCUGAUUGGGUCCUGGCGGAAAUCAGCACCUUGUCCAAAAUAUCCUCAGUGAAGCUGAAGCUGAUCUGUGCCCAGGUUUUGAAGGAUCUCCUUGGGGAUGGAAUCGAUUAUGAGAAGAUCUUAAAGCUAACAUCAGAUGCCAAAUUUGAGUCUGGAGACGUGAAGGCGACCAUCGCUGUGCUCGGCUUCAUCCUCUCCAGCGCCGCCAAGCACAACGUGGACUCCGAGUCGCUCUCCAGUGAAUUGCAACAGCUGGGACUGCCGAAAGAACAUGCUACAGGAUUGUGCCGGUCCUACGAGGAGAAGCAAAUUCCUCUUCAAGAGAGCCUCAGGAGGUGCAGCUUGAGGUUAAACAGCCUGGAUUCUGUGUCCUGGAGAGUGGAUUAUACUCUUAGCUCCAGCCAGCUCCAGCGAGUCAAUGAACCUGUAGUUCACCUGAAGUUAAAUCUGAAGGAUGUUGACCGAGGCAACCUGGAACCAAUUGCCAUGACUGUGUCAGCAGAGAAAUUCCGUGUCUUGCUUGCAGAGCUGAAGCAGGCUCACGCCAUCAUGAAGACUCUUGAUUGAGGACCCUCCUGAGGUGGAAAGCAUCGCUGCUGGACCGAGGAAAUUCCCCACGAGACAAGGUGUCUCCCUUGGAUGCCGUCUGUGCCCCAGAGAGUUCUUGGGCAUAGCCGGUGCUUAACCUCAUCCCUGCAGGACAGGAAAGCUGUGAUAGAAGAGCCCAGCCCUCUUUUCCAUAUUGAUGUGCCCCCCAAAGCAUCUUCACUGUUCUCGAUUUGGCGCUCAAGAUGGGUCCACUUGAGCAGCAGAAGAGAGUGAGAGAAUGGACGGUACCUUGUUAGAAUGCAAAGAGAGGGGUGUGUGUGUAUUUUUGUUAAACUGUCUCCAUGCACUUGAAAUAACGAACAGGGGAUGGACUGUUGGUAUAGAAAGGAGGGAUUGGAAACUGUGGCUUCCCUCCCACCCUCUGCUUGCCGUCCAUUCUACCACCUUGUUCUGCUGUAUUUCAAGUUUUGGCAGGCCCCCCGUUUUCCUAGAAACCUGCUACAACUUUUUAUUCCAGAACCCUCUUGGUCAGUGUGUCAAUCUCUUUUCCCUCAUUCUUAGAAGGCCGGGUUGCUUAAAGGAUGAAUGAAUUAAUGAGUCCAUUCCUUUCUUCAUUCUUCCUCCAUUCCCUGCUUUGGUGAUCAUUCAUGGAGUUCCAGCACCCCUCCCCUCACCAGCUGUCAUGCACUGCUCCGUCUCUUCCCGUCGCACGACCCUCCAGCCCUGGCAGGAGCACGGACUUCCUUUCUCUGCCUCUUCCAGCAGCUGCCCACUCAGAUGAGGAGGCGGGGCAGAGAUUCCUGCAGCGCUGCUGGAGGAGGUGGAGAAGGGGGAGGAGUCUGUGCUCCUGCCAGGACUGGAAGAUUGUGCGACACAGAGGGAACGAUCAACAUAUGCUGGCUGGUGAGUGGGGGUGGAAAGCGAAUGUGCAGCACCUCUGGUGCCGUGCCGACAACUUAGGGACAACUUGGCAGAAAGUGUUUCGUGCCCACCUCUAGUCAGGAUCCCUUCUCUUUAGUUAGCAAUGGCUCCCAGCUUGAGCACAUGGCUUCUGGAUCAUAGAAACCCAGGAAAAAAGCCCAGUGCUUCUGUGGCACCUGCAUAACAUCCAUCUGUACUUCGAGGCAUCAAGUGGAUUGCAGUUCCCCAGGUGUCGUAGGGAGUCUGUGUUUGUGCUCAUGGUCCACCUCAAGGUUGAUCCCAGAAAUGACAAUUUUUUGUUCUGGCUUGGAAUAGGUGAUCUCUAUGUCAUUCUCUCUGGGGAGUCUGUGAUCCUCUGUCCCUUUCAUGUUACAAACAUCCCAGCAAAAUCCCACUGAGUGCUUGUCUCCCCCCAUUCUUGCAGGAGUGGGGAAACUUGGCUCUCCAAAAAGCCGUUGGACUGCAUUCCCCAUUGUCCCUGCCCAGUGUAGCUGUUAGUGAAGAAUGAUGGGAAUUGUAGUCCAAAAACAGUUGGAAUGCCAUAAGUUGAUGAUCCCCCGCUUCUUAGCCCUUUCCUUAAGAAAAGAAGGGUGCUUGGUUCCUUUUACAAAUGAACUACUUGUUGAGUUGUGGAAGGAACAACAAAAUAGUUUUUCUACUUCCUUUGAGCCACAUUUCUAAAUAUCUCAGCACCUUGGUAGCCUGGUUCUUAAAAAAACGAAGGUCGUUCUUCAUAUAAUUUCUGUAAUUUAAGGGAUGCAGAGAACAAAAUAAAAUAAACCCACAGGAUUGUGAAA